GGCCGCUGGCGGCCUGGGGGCGGAGCCUUGCGUAAGGUACAGUCAUACCAAGCACCUUCGGCGGGACUGUAAUGGCCGGAGAGAUGACGAUCUUAGGAUCGGCUGUUUUGACUCUCCUGUUGGCUGGCUAUUUGGCACAACAGUAUUUACCACUGCCCACUCCUAAAGUGAUCGGCAUCGACCUAGGCACCACCUAUUGUUCCGUGGGAGUGUUUUUUCCUGGCACAGGAAAAGUAAAGGUGAUUCCAGAUGAAAAUGGGCAUAACAGUAUACCCAGCAUGGUGUCCUUUACCGACCAUGAUGUAUAUGUGGGAUAUGAGAGCUUAGAACUGGCAGAUUCAAAUCCUCAAAACACAAUAUAUGAUGCCAAAAGAUUCAUAGGUAAGAUUUUCACCCCUGAAGAGCUUGAGGCCGAAAUUGGCAGAUAUCCAUUUAAGGUGUUAAACAAAGAUGGAAUGGUUGAGUUUUCUGUGACAAGUAACGAGACCAUCACCGUUUCCCCGGAAUACGUUGGCUCUCGACUGUUGUUGAAAUUAAAGCAAAUGGCAGAGGAGUAUCUUGGAAUGCCAGUCGCCAAUGCUGUCAUUUCUGUCCCAGCAGAAUUUGACCUCAAACAGAGAAAUUCAACAGUUGAAGCUGCUAACCUUGCAGGACUAAAGAUUUUAAGGGUGAUAAAUGAACCCACAGCAGCAGCUAUGGCCUAUGGUCUCCACAAGGCUGAUGUUUUCCACGUCUUGGUCAUAGACUUGGGAGGAGGAACUCUAGAUGUGUCUUUACUAAAUAAACAAGGAGGAAUGUUCCUAACCCGAGCAAUGUCUGGAAACAAUAAACUUGGAGGACAGGACUUCAAUCAGAGAUUGCUUCAGUACUUAUAUAAACAGAUCUAUCAAACAUAUGGCUUCUUCCCCUCUAAGAAAGAGGAAAUCCACAGAUUAAGGCAAGCUGUGGAAAUGGUCAAAUUAAAUCUGACUCUUCAUCAGUCUGCCCAGAUGUCAGUAUUGCUAACUGUCGAGGAAAUGGACAGAAAGGAAGCUCAGGGCGAGGACACUAAAUGGCCAAAGGACAAACUUAGCCCAGCAGAUCACCACCAUGUGAACAGAGCAUUUGGACCUGACCCUUCUGAAAAGAAAGGUAGAGAAAACCAGGUUUUAUUUGAAACAGAAAUAUCUCGGAAGCUCUUUGAUACCCUCAACGAAGAUCUUUUUCAGAAAAUCCUCGUGCCCAUUCAGCAAGUAUUAAAAGAAGGCCAUCUAGACAAGACUGAGAUCGAUGAGGUGGUUUUAGUUGGGGGUUCUACUCGUAUUCCUCGAAUCCGCCAAGUCAUUCAAGAGUUCUUUGGGAAGGAUCCCAACACGUCUGUAGACCCCGACCUGGCAGUGGUAACGGGGGUGGCUAUCCAGGCGGGGAUUGAUGGAGGGUCUUGGCCUCUGCAAGUCAGUGCUUUAGAAAUUCCCAAUAAGCAUUUACAAAAAACCAACUUCAACUGAAUUCUGGAAGAAUGAUGACUGUUUGUGAUCUGUCUAAUGAUCUCUUUCCCCUUAACAGACCACCUGCUCCUAAAAAGAAAAUCUCUAAUGUGGCUCACAGAUUCACCCACAAGGCAACAUUUACAUUUUAUGUAGAAUUUUAUUUUAGGAUUCAGUGUGACCAAAUGGAUCCUAUUUGAUUUUGCAGAGGUCUUCUUCCAACAAACACUUCAAAAAUGUUAGAAUUGAAAAACUUCUUAGAGGAACAUAGGUGGCUGUACUUAUUGGAUUCUGGAAAUAGAUAAACAUACGCAUCUAACAUUAAAUAGUGCCAAUUGUGAGAUACCCAGUUCUUACUAAAUUGUAUUAGUAGGACUUGGUAAUUUCUUUACUUGUAUAUCACAUGUAACUUAAUUUGGUCUAUACUUGAAGGACAGUGUUGAUGUCAGGUAUUUACAUGAGCUGGGAGAUAGCAGUAUUAUUAAACUGCAUAUUUAAUACUAGCUGGCUUACACAUUUACUUUCACAGUGCAGUAUCCCAUUAUGGGUUAUAUUCUUUCAAUCUAUGGUCUCCAGAUUAUUUUAAUGUAUUUAAUAAAUCAGUUUAUUUUGUUUCUAAAAUAGCUACAUUUAUGGAAAUUUUCUAUGGUAGAAGUAGAAAUAUCCAAUUUAUAUUAUAGUUCCUUUAUUUGCUGUGUUAUCGUUCUCUGGGUUUCCAUGGUUCUGCCUGGUUAAAAACCAGUAGAGAAUUUUUAAUUGCAUUUUUUGUUUUGUUUUGUUUUGUUUUUUUUCUGGUACCGGGAAUUGAACUCACGUCGUUGCGCUUACCAGGCAGGCGUUGUGCCACUGAACUAAAUCCCCAGCCCCUUUAAUUGCAUUUUUAAAUGUGCCAUUGUCACAAUAAAGCCACCAUUAUUAUCUCAUUUUUGUUAUCCAAAACUUUUGCAUACAUUGGUAAAUAGCAUUAAUUCCUACUAUAUUUUAUGCUUUUAUUUUGUUUUUAUUUUCAGUAAACUCUAGAACCUGUCGCAUGCAUGCAUUUAACCUAUCAAGUGUUACUCAGUUUUACUGAAAUUUUCCUCCAUAUUUAGUUUUGCAUGACUAAAUUCAAACUGUAAGAGGCCUGUUAUUUGAUAUUUUUUUAAAUAGUUGUAAUGUUUUCAUACAAAUGUUUAGUGUAUGAUGAGCAAAAAAAUUGUGAAUACUGGAAAUAAUUCAAAUGUGAAAAGCAAUGUAGAAAAUUUUAUUACAAAUCAGCACUUAUAGCAAUUGUGUUUAUUUUGUUUCUGAGAAAAGUCACAGGGACCAAGAAAGAUAAUCUAUCAGUUUAAUUGCCAUGAUUUCAGAUAAUGUAUUCUUCUGUCCUUUGCUAAUACAGGCUUCAUGUUAGUGUUGCAAAAUUAUAUUUGGGUUACUCUUUUUGUUAAUCUAGAAUAUAUGUGCUUUAUCCAGUGUUGAAUUUGAAAGGAUGUUGAGUUUCCAGUGACUAAAGAAUGAAGCAAAUUUAUUUCACCAACAUCAAAACAUUUCAGCUUUUCAUAAUAAAAACGUGAAUAGUGUUAAGACUUCUUUGCAGAUCUAAAAAGACAAAUAUUUCUUAGAAGUGAAAUUGCUGUUAAAACAUAAACUUCAUCAAAUACUUUUGUGUACAGAAAAUGUGUAGUAGAAAGAUAGGAAAAUGUAAAAUAUUACGUAUUUAGAACUAAUGGAGAAAUGCCAAAGAUGAAUCCUUCACUGCAUUAUGAAAAUAAUCAAGUAUUCUCUUGGACUUUGUUUAAAGCCUUUAUAUAUUUUAGAAUUGAAAAUUAUCAUGGUGAAAGUCUUUGAUACAAAGUGUUGAAUUUCGCUAAAAAUUCUACAUAUAGUAUCAGCUUUAACCUGAAGCAUUUUAAGAUUUAAAAAAGUCUCAGAUAUUUAAUAUGGUUCAAGGCACUCUGUUAACACUUUUAAAAGGAAACAAAUUGCAAAACUGGGCAACUAAUCUCAUACUAGAAUAGGAAUUUAAAUAACUUGUGUUGAAAGACAGAAUGGCAGUGUUAGAAAUUGAGGGCAAUCGCUUAGCAUAUUCUCUGGAAUAGUUAUACCUUUGUAAAAAAAGGAGUUUAUGUCGUCUGUCAUGUUUUAUGGAGCUGUAUGCAUAAAACUGAUAGCAGUGUUUAUUUAAAAGGCAGUGCAUUCUAAAAGGGAUUAUUCAUAAGUAAAAACCUGAAAACUUUUUCCUUAAAAUGAAAUUUUUUGUUGUACAUUUGGCUAGAGUUUUUGAACUAUAUAACUUUUAAAAUACUAAAUGUCUUGUGUGAUUAGAAUGUGAAUGAGUAAUUUAUUUUUUACAGGGAAUGUGUUGGUACUGUGCUUUUACUCAAACCACUAACCAACAGGUACUACUGUAUGUAUGUAAUACGUAGUGAGCAUUACAAUUCAUGUACAGAACAUAUUGUGCCUCUAAAUCUGUGUAUAUAGGUACUUCACAUUUUAAUGUAAAUAAAUACCAUUUGCAGUCUUUUCUUAAA